UUUCUACUCUUUCGAAACAAGCUCCUAACAUUUGUAUAGAAAUUUUUGGACGUCGUGUUCUUGGCAUAUGCGGGUGAUCAGAUGAAAUAAAAUAUUUUGUGAUUGUGUCGUCUAAUUUGUCUGGCAUCUUAAUGUGUUUUUAUAUUUAAUGCGUGACAUUACAUAGAGUGCUUCUUGAUUGAGGAAGUUAAGUUUAUCACAUACACAAAGGGACAUGAAUCAUGGACUCGAAAAUAACGAUACAAUUAUCUAUUUCAAUUUUUGAAAUACAAAAAAUACACAAGUGUAACGUUAUCAAACGUACAGUUUCAAACUUUUAAAUCUUUAUAUUUUCGAUCAUCACUUCAAAAUUAUAUUUAUCGAGAAAAAUAAAAAUGAUUCUCAUUUAAAAAAAUCAAUAUCAAUAUAGAGAUCAAUCAAUUUUACACAUUAUAAUUGUCACCAAAAUUCCUUUUAUUGUCAUCAUUAUUAUUGUAUAAUUCAUAAAUAUAAAUAAUUAAAAAAUUUUAAAUUAAUUUUGAGAGGAAAUAAAUUAACUGCACUAAAAGAAAAAAAAUAUUAACAAUGACCUUGUUUACCCUAAUUAAAGUCUCAAGUUUAGCCAUUGCUAUAUAAUAUUUUUUUAAACCUCCAUGUAUAAUUUAAGAAUGGACGGUACACAAUUAAUUAAAUAACAUGCCGACUCAGAUACGCAUUAAAUAAGUGAGUCAACUUGUCUCAUGUAUAAAACGUAGUCUACAAUCGGAUGUACAUUGGUUGUAAACAUUUUUAAGUUCAUAAUUCUUCAUUAAACAUUAAAAAAAAAUUUAUUCUUUUUACAUAUAUAAAUAUAUAUAGGUCAUUUGACUAUCUAUGUGUAUGUGACAAAGUUGGUUUGUACUAUUAAUUGAUUGAAUCGAAUGAAAUAGAAAAAAAGAUGACCUACGUACAAAGAGACAACAUGAUGACGACAAACAAUUGCGUGAAAUAAUAAAAGAGUCAGAGUAGUAGGAGGUCCAGCAUUUAUACAACAAAAUAAAUUUCAGAGUGCUUAACAACUUUGGUGUGUUAACAUCCGUUAUCAUUUCGGAAAUUAGAUUCAAUAAAUAUUGUAACAAAUUCUAAACGUUUUAUAAAUGUCUCUUUAAAUUUUGAUCAUAGCAAUAAAAUAACGAUAUUUAUUUUUUAUUUUGAAUGACGAUAAAUAUAUAUCAUUUAACAAUUUAAAAUAAUAAUAGUUAUUUUUUUUUAUCAAAUGAUAGCAGUGUAUUAUAUCAUAUGAAUUUAAUUAAAAGAAUUUCAUAAUCAGUGUGUACAAUUAUUGUUCAAUAAAAUCAAAAACAUUUUAAUUUUAACAAUAGAAAAAUGAAGUGUUUUGUAUUGUUAUUAGUGUUUCUCAGUUCAACGUUGGCCCAGAGUAGUCAAGAAUUAUUAUGUCGUGAACUUAAAGCACAGGAAUCGUUGGAUAUUACUAAGCUGAUGGGAAAAUGGUACAUCAUCGAAGUGUUACAGCAAAAAUUUAAAACACCAGAUUUACAAAAUGAAUUAGUAAUACGAUUAUUGGAUUCAUGUCCAACGGUUAAUUUACGAUUCACUGAUAAUGGUGGAAUAAAAUUACUAUGGACUGAAAGUAAAGGUGAUCUUGAUUAUACAUUUCAAAUUGAAGACAUCAUUAGAAGUCCUGGUAUUUGGCGAUCAGUUGGUCUUCAAAAUGGCACAUUAACAGAACAACCUUACACUCAAUUUGUUGGAACAGUUCAUGUGAUGAAAGUUGUUGUUCAUCAUCUUGUCUUAACUUUUUGCUCACAAUCACCUGGUGUAAAUCUUUACUCAGUAAUAUUGAGCCGAGAGCAUAUUCUUCCAAAAAAUCAAAUAACUGGAAUUCAUGGCUUAUUGGAAAGACGACAAUUGCAAACUACCAGUAUACUGACAGCAUGUGCAAAAGGAACUGCAUCAACGUUGAGUGGAACAUCUAUAAUAACAAUGCAUUUUACAAUUAGUUUAAUUGUAUUGUUUAGUUUUAUUUUCACUCUUUAUUUGUGAAAAUUUAAUAACUUACCCUAGGCAAAAAAAUUUCUUAUAUACCUUUGUUUAUAUUUAUAAAUUUAUAUAUUGAUAAGUUUGAUCCGGAAAAUUCCUUUUUUUCACUAUGUAAUUACCUUUUUUAUGUUGAAUGAAGUUUGUCAGAAAAAUUUAUUUUUUAUGUUCAAUACAAAAAAUUAUACAUUUGUAUAUACACUUUUUUUUUAUUAUCAAAUAUAUUUUUAUUUUCACAUGUUAAUUCUCUGAUUAUAAGUUAUAACUUAAAAUUUAUUUUUUAUGUUUUUUUUUAAUGUGAAAGAGUUAAAUAUUAUCACUACUCGCAGCUCCAGUGGGGAGAGGAAUAAUAAAUAAAAUAUUUUAUUGCUAAAUUCAUUCUUUUCAAUAUUAUAAUAUUGUAUUUAUAUUUUUCUAUAUUGUAAAAUAUCAAUAUAAGCUCAACUAGCUGGAGUUGGUUUUUUCAUUUGAAGUUGUCAUUGAUUUCUUGGUAGAAAUAUUUUUCUCAAUUAACCUGUGGUGGAGAAUAUCUUCGAGUUUUCUCCCCCACUUAAAUGGUUAAAAUCUUAUUCAAAAACCGUAGAAAAUCUUCGGUAAUUGUUCACCUUUCAUUAGAAAAAAAAAUAGAAAGAAAAAGCAGAUUUUUUUAUUCAAUGAAUCAAAGAGAAUAACGAAAAAUUUUUUACCAAGAUGUCUGAAACAAAAAAAUUAUUAUUAACUAAUUAAUAUUAUAUUAUUAUUAUUACUCACCAGUUUCAGCAACAUCAUGAUCAUUUUGAUCACUUCAUAUUUUUUUUUCAAAUCUAUUGUCAUCUGUAAAAUAUUAAAAAUUAUUAUUAACAAAUUAAUUGUGCUUAAAUAAAUAAAAACUUUUACCUGAUGUUAAUGGU